AUGGGGCUGUCGACAUUGAACUCGAGCAGCUUGAAAAAGCGGUGUCUGAAAAUGAUGAAAUACGACAGGAAACGUCGUGAGGGUUCUUCUGAGCAUCAGUACGCCAAUAAGAUGACGAGUGUCGAUCACAGGUCGAAAGCUGAGGCGUCGAGUGUGACAGAGUCCGUGGAUUUCCACGAGCAUCAGUGUCGUCUGCGGGCCAAUAACACUUGCCUCAGAUGUGUGGAAACAUUGGGAAUUGCACACAAUCAGCAGAAGCUGAAAUCGAAUAAAAGCAGGGCAGGAUCAUUAGCAGUGACGAUGAGUUCACGCCAGAAAGUGCCGAAAACAGCGGAGGAAUUUUGCGUGCGGCUGUUGGAUGAAAUUGUGCACAGCGUUGCAGUUCAGGCAGGUCUUGGAUUUUGCUCUCCUCGAAGGAUGCUCACAGGAAUCUGGGAAUACAUUUCCACCGAGUUCAACGCUGCCAACGGCUCUUUGCCUCUGACUGUCGCACAAUUGAAGGCGUUGUGGCAAAGGCAUCAAAUAAUCGGCAAAUCCAUUUUUGUCCAGCAGAAUCAAGAUGAGAUGGAAACUUCAGGGCAAUUAUUCCCUCGCCCUAAAAAAGUCAAUAAGAGCAGCAACAAGAGGCUGGUGAAAUCGUUGCACCGAAAGUCGUCGGAGAUGCAGGACAAAAUCGCAAGAGAUCCCGCAGCAUCAGCACCAGUAACUGACUCAUCAUCAUUAUCAUCAGCAGGACGGCAGCAGAAACUCAUUUCUCAUCACACGCAAACCAGGACCCAAUUACCUGCGAGACUCUGCGUUUACGACAACAAAAUGACGCGGAAGAUGUGCCACAAGGCUGUCGGAUGCGUGUUGGACCAGCAGCAGCAGGAAGCUGCUCAUCGUCACAAUAAUAGGGCAUCACCGCCGUCGCAUCAACGGGAUUCUGCAUUUCGAGACUCUCGCUCAUCGACUGCUGCUGCUGCUGCUGCUGCUGCUGCUGGACCCGGCGGAGAUGGUUUCAAUAAAGGGGCCUCUUGUCAAGUCAUGACGGAAACAGUGCCUGUGCCUGGCAAAGACUUAUUGGCAAUGCCAUCAUCAUCCCAGCAGCAGCAGGGUUUCGACAAGAAGACCCUUUCUCGCCAAGCCCUGUCAGCAGCUCAUCCCGUCGUCGUCGACGCCCUCGAUGAUAACCCGGAGCUGGUGUCGGAACGCUUGAAAAUGCUGUCGGCCAUCCACCAGUGGAGUGCAGAAGUGAUGCAGCAGCAGCAGGACCAACAGCGUCGACUGCUGCAGACUCACCACCAAGGAAAGCUGCAUCAUCAGAAUGACCAGCACCAGAAACAACAUCAUCAUCACCACCAUCAGAAACGUAGGGGUGGUGUCGAGCGAGGAAUCAGCAGCGACUACUUCGUCGAGUCCAGCACGCUCGACGUCGUCUACGCUGCUGCUGACGAUGAGAAGGAUGCAGAGUCCGUGCUGACACCACCACCACCAGUAGCAGCAGGAGGAGAAGCUGAUGCCCAACUCGUCGAUGUAAAUGCCAAUGUCAAUGUCGACCACCAGCACAGCAGCAUAAUGGUGAAUGACGUGGGGGCAGCCGACGACGACGACGACGACGAGGACGGGCAGAUCAGGGACGACACCAAUAAGGAAGAGAGCACGUGCAAUAAGUCCACGUUCUGGGAAAUUGACAGUACUUGCGCGGACUUGUCAUCGGCCAACUACUUGGGCUCUGCUGGUGCUGACCCGACCCAGCAGCACGUGCAGUACCUCAACUCCUUGCUCAGACUCGGCCGAUUCCGAGCUGGACUCGGCUUUAAAUCUGAAGUAUUUUAUUUUUGGGAUAACAAAAACUGGCGCAGUCGGUAG